GGUUAGUCGUGAGUAGAAGAUCUCGGGAAAAGUUGUGAAAAAUGGCACUCUCCAAGCCAACUGAUUUCAUGUACAAACUUGUUGGCGCAUAUUUAGAGCGACUUUACAGCAAUCCUUUGAGAACAAAGGCUAUAACAAGUUGUAUUCUUGCUUCCCUUGCAAAUAUAUUGUCUCAGAAAUUGGCUGGUGCAAAGCGGAUUAAUAAAGACAAUGUUAUUUCCUUUGCUCUUUUUGGCUUACUCAUCGGUGGACCAGUGCCGCAUUACUUUUAUACAUACAUAAAUUUGUUGGUGAAGAAUCCUUUGGGGAUUUUUCUGAUAGAAAGACUAAUUUAUAUGCCAUGCUUCCAGGCAUUGGCACUCUAUACUUUAGCUGUCUUUGAGGGCAAAUCACAUAAAGAAGCAUGCAAACAAACGGAAAAGCUAUAUUUGCCGACAGUGAUUAGUAACUUGAGAUAUUUGACACUAAUGCAGUUCAUCAAUAUAAGAUACGUUCCACCAAUGUUAAGGGUCUUGGUGGUAAACUUCAUUGGUUUUGCAUGGGCCAUCUAUCUUGCAAGCAAGAGAACCAACAUUUCAAAAGGGAAAGCUUAAGAAAAUAUAAUUUUUUACGCUGUUUAUAAUUGUUAUUAUUGAUAUUUUGUAUAAUAAUUGUCUAUAACAUUUUAUAUCUAUAACAAAUAUAGGAGCACAACGACACGUUUAUGCGCUAAAUAUGAAUUUUUGGCCACUUAAAAAAAAAUAUUUCACUUGAAUACUCGUUCUAUUUGUACAAAGCAAGACAAAAUGAUACAUUCCGUCGUUGUAAUUUAUUAAUAUAUUUUACAGAGUAUAUUAAGAUGUAUAUGUAAACAAUGUACAGGGUAUAUUGCACAGGUUUAUAACACAAGUUAUGUAUAAUCGAUAUAUCUGUAAUUAAUAUAAUAUUGUAAUUAAUAUAAUAUUAGUAAUAUAUAAAGAUUUAUGCGCAAAUUA